AUGGCGAUUGAAAACUCCGUGGUCGUUCCCGCCUACCAUGAAAAACUGAAUAUCAAGCCGCUCACCACUAGGCUCUUUGCUGCGCUUGGAAACCAGGGCUCUAAGACCACAGAACUGAUUUUCGUGGAUGACAACUCCAAGGAUGGCUCUGUAGAAGAGGUGGAGGCUUUGCAAAAACAAGGCUACAACGUCAAAAUCAUUGUGAGAACCGACGAAAGAGGUCUCUCAUCUGCUGUGUUGAAGGGAUUCCGUGAUGCGCAGGGAGAAUACUUGAUCUGUAUGGAUGCAGACCUACAGCACCCUCCAGAGAGCGUGCCCCAGUUGUUCGACGUGUUGAGAAAGCAUGCCUUCGUUCUGGGCACCAGGUACGCUCCAGGUGUGGGAAUUGACAAGGACUGGCCCUUGUACCGCCGUGUGAUCUCAUCUGGCGCUCGUAUGAUGGCCAGACCUUUAACCACGGCCUCGGACCCAAUGAGCGGAUUUUUCGGUCUCCAGAAAAAGUAUUUGCUCGACACCGAUGCCAAAGACAUCAACGCCCAGGGUUUCAAGAUUGCCUUGGAUUUGUUGGUGAAGUUGCCUUUGCCCCAGAAAAAGGCCAUUGGCGAGGUGCCAUUCUCGUUCGGUGUGAGAACCGAAGGUGAGUCCAAGCUUUCCGGGAAAGUGAUCGUGCAGUAUCUGCAACAGCUACAGGAGUUGUACGUUUACAAGUUCGGCGCGAACAACUUGGUUCUGUUCCUCAUUGUCUGGAUGAUCUUGGCUGUGUACGCUUUUUACCAGCUGCUGGCACUAUUUCACUAG